GCGGGAAGCCACGUUGACGGAGAACGUUUUCCCGCCAAAAGUGGCGGGAAGCCACGUUGACGGAGGAACGUUUUCCCGCCAAAAGUGGGGGGCGAUGGCCCUCGUCGUUAUCUGUGGGCAACCUUGCAGCGGCAAAACGACGGUCGCGGAUCUGCUGGUGCGCGCCGUAUCCGCAGAGCGAAAUGGGAACGAAGGCAUUGCCGUCGGGGCGCGGUCGUUCCACGUGUCAGUGAUCGGUGAGCAUUCGCUCCACGUGGAUCGCAAUGAUGGGUACCAAGACAUGGUGUGCGAGAAGAACGUGAGAGGGCUGUUGAGAUCGGCGGUAGAUCGUGCGGUGGUGGGAAAGGAUAAAAUCGUCAUCGUCGAUUCGCUGAACAACAUCAAAGGUUACAGGUAUGAACUAUGGUGUCUUGCACGCGCGGCAGGGACCAGAUACUGCAUGGUCCACUGUGACACGCCGAUUGACACCGCACGUCGAUGGAACAAGGAACGAGCAGCUGCUGUUCCUGAAGGAGGAGGUGGAUCAGGAGGAGGAGGAGGAGUAGGAGGAGGAGGAGGAGGAGGAGCUUCAAGCUACCACGAUGAAAUCUUCGACGAUCUUGUGCGGCGUUUCGAGAGACCUGAUGGGCGUAACCGCUGGGACUCGCCACUGUUCACCAUCCGUCCGGAUGCCGAGGAUCAUUCGGAGAUGAUGGAGUUGAUUGCUCAGGUGGCCUCCCUUGCGCAGGGAUUGAGGGGUGCAGCCACUGCUGUGGCAAAAGGACCUAGAAAUUUGCAACCAACCAUUGCCACGCAAACUGUUCGGUUGUCGGAGACAAAUGUUUUGUAUGAGAUGGACAAGGCCACUCAGGAAGUCAUCAUCGCGCUGAUCAGUGCGCAACAGGGAGAGGUGGGUGGUCUUGGAGGCGGUGACGUGGGGAUGCGGAAAGUUGAUGUGGGGCAGGGUCUGCCGCCUGUGAAUCUCCACCGUCCUGUGGGACUGCCAGAACUACGACGCCAUCGGCGGACAUUCUUGAAGCUUACGUCGCAAACGGCACUGACGGGGCGCCCUCCUCCUACCGACACAAUCAGCGCCAAGCGCAUGUUCCUCGACUAUUUGAACCGGGAGAUAGCACAGGUGUGAACCCUCCACUAGACCUCGUCAACCUGGUGCAGAACCACAGACCAGGUGAACCCGGGCCUCAGUGCACAAUCACCGGCGUCAGGACCAGGAACGCAGUCGCAGACCUAGCCGGGAACCAGGCACAGUUUCACAGACUUCCGCGGGAAUCAGGUGCACAUGUCCCAGACCUCCUUGGGGACCGGGCACACGAUGGCAGGCCUUUCCUCAAGCACCAGGGGUACAGAAUAAUGCACGUCCUUGGAAACCAGGUCCACAAUCACAAGUCAAAGGCCUGCCAGAAGUAAAGGCAGUGAAAAGUCAAAUACGAGUCAAAGACGUAGGAGGAAGGCAAGGGAGGUGGCCUCAGGGCAUGCAGCUUGGCGGGGACCACCACUUUGGAGUCCCCUGUGCAACCUUGCAUGUUGUCUGUGUGGAUGGCCAGUCAAGGAGCAAGCUUCUUCUCUGAAUCAGGGAUGGACCCAUUCUCAGAGACUUCCGGCACUUGGAACUGUUAUCUCCUCUGAGACAGGGAGGGACCCAUUCUCAGGGAAGGAAGAAGUGUGUUGAUCACAACUAUUGUGAUGUGCAGUAUAUGGUAGUACUUUUUAAGGUGGGCAGUUUUGCAAUGGCACGGAAAGGAACAGCUAGAAAACGAAAAGCAUUUCUUGAGGCUUUUCCCGAAUCGAGUUUCUCGAAGUGCCUGUGUCUUCUUUCCCAGGCAUUCGGAACGAAUAUGAAUACCUGCUCUCUAUUAUUCUCCUUGUUCUUGAGGCUUUUCAUAACUACCCUGUCAAAAUACACAAAAAUUCUAUUCAUGUACACAGGAAUCGCCACCAUAGCACCAUCCUGGAACUCAGUCCUUCCUAAGUUGCUGGCGUAAGAAACAAAGAGUCAUAACCCCACUCUCCUUGUUCUUCUUCUUCUUCGUCUGCUGCCUAUGGAACAAAGAGGCAUAACUGCU